AUGGCUGCAGCUGUAGCUGACGGCAAUGGGGCUUCAACGCCUACGACCGUGGACGACAUAAGCAAACCCCCGGAGGGCAUCGUCGUGCCACCCAAGGAUAUUAGAGCUAUUGUUGAGAAGACAGCCGGAUAUGCCGCUCGAAAUGGCCCAGUUUUCGAACAGCGAAUCCGCGAAAAAGAGCAGAGUAACCCGAAAUUCUCUUUCUUGAGCCCCGGCGACGCCUAUGCAGCAUACUAUCUAUGGCGACUCGAUGAAAUAAAAGAAGGGCGCGGCACCGACGUGUCGGCUGGCCGACCAGGCGAGGCGGUAGUCACUCCAGUACCGGAAAAGCCCAAGGGACCGGCCUCACCGCCAGAGUUUCAUUUCUCGGCGCGAAUGCCCAUAAUCAAUGCACAAGAUUUGGAGGUUGUCAAGUUGACGGCACUUUUCGUCGCCAAAAGAGGGAAAUCGUUUAUGACAUCGUUGUCGCAAAGGGAGGCGCGAAACUUUCAGUUUGAUUUUCUGCGGCCACAACACAGUUUAUACCAGUUUUUUACACGACUAGUCGAUCAGUAUACUAUAUUGUUGACAAAAGAGGGCAUCGAUGCAGAGACUACAGAGAAGCGCCGGCUCGAAGAAUUGGCGACAAAUACAAAAAACAAAUACCAUAUCCUAGACCGGGCCAAACAACGCGCGGAAUGGGUCAAAUAUCAAGAACAACAAAAGCAGAAGAAAGAAGAAGAGGAAGAAAAGGAGCGUAUCGAAUAUGCUCAGAUUGACUGGCAUGAUUUUGCUGUCGUGGAAACUGUUCUUUUCACUGAGGCAGACGAUCAAAUCGAGUUGCCACCGCCCGCUUCCCUUGGUGAUCUUCAGUCGGCAUCUUUAGAACAGAAGGCGGCGAUGUCGCUUAAUCCGCUACGUAUCGAGGAGGCGAUGCCUACAGACGAAGCAGAGCCUGUAUAUUACAAUGCUUAUCCCAUGCAACAAGUCGGUCCUACACCCCAGUUUCAACAGGCUCCUAUACCCGCAGAACAGCAGCAACCCUUCCAACUACCGACUGUACCAACCCCUAUCUCUGCAGCCAACGAAGAAGAAGAGCGACGUAUCCGCGAACGUGCCGAAGCACGAGACCAGGCCUCAGCCGCUCAAGCAGCCGCAAAAGCCCAACCGCCAUCAAUGCGUAUUCGAUCAGACUAUGUUCCACGUGCACAAUCACGAAGGCAACAAAAUGCAGCAGUCACAGCGCUUUGCCCCAACUGUCACCAGCAAAUUCCCGUUGCUGAAUUGGAUCAACACAUGCGUAUUGAAAUGCUGGAUCCACGCUGGAAAGAGCAACGCGAAAAGGCAGAAUCUCGUGCUGCACAUACGAAUUUGAUUACAACAGAUGUCGCGGGUAACCUGAAACGUCUUGCUAGUCAAAGAAGCGAUGUAUUUGACUACGCGAAUGCUCCCACCCCUGCUAAUGCCCCCGGUGGAUACGAAGAAUCCGAGGAAGAAGCACGUCGCAAGAGACUCGCCAUGAUGGCACCUCCCGGCUCAGGAUCAGCAGCUUUCUCAGCACCAGCACCCGGUACAACUGGAUACGAAAGUGCGCCGGGUGCCCCAUCUCAUUUCUCGCACAUGCAAAUGCCGACCGUCGGUCCACCAGCAGCAGGUCCGGGGAUGAUUGGAAGGCCCGGCGGACCUAAUCCACCGACAAUGGAUAUUAAUGAGCAAAUCAGAAAUUUGCAUGAGAGAUAUGGACAUCAUCAACAGCAACCGCCGCCAGGGCAAGGGCAGUAUCAGCAGGGACAAUAUCAACAGGGAUACCCGGGAAGUCAUUAA